AUGUCAAAUAAUCCGCAAUUUCCAGGUUUACAGCCUCUUCGGCCUCCUAUUACUGGUUCCGUGGAUCCUCCCCGCAAUUAUGCUCCACCUAUGCCUGUUCAAUUCCGUCCUGUUGUUCCUGCCCAGCAGCCACAGCAGUUCAUUUCCAUUCCUUCUCAACAUUACCAGCAUCAUCAACAUCAACCUGUUGGUCCUGGUGGUGUUCCAAUGAUUGGUGUUGGAAUGCCUCCCCAAAAUCAACAGCCCCAAUUUUCUCAACCAAUUCAACAGUUACCCCCAAGACCUAGUCCGCAGUUACCCACCCCGCCACAGGCAAUUCCAAUGCCAGUUGCUCGCCCUAACAUGCACAUCCCAUCCGAAACAAUGACGCCUCAGCCUGAUACUCAAGCUCCAAAUGGUUACGCACCAGGUUUAGGUGGUCCUGGAAUGCCACUUUCUUCAUCUUAUACCAUUGCAUUUACACAGUUUGCAGCAUCCACUUAUGGUCAAGUGCAGACUAAUUUUAAUUCUACCGGCCAAUUCCAACCUGUUCCUCAAAUUCAAACUCUCACGGGUUCUUCGUCUCAGGCCAUGACCAUUGGGGCAACUAUUCAGAGCAAUGGUGGAGGACAACCUUUAGUUACAACUGUCAUGCCUUCCGCUACCAUUGUCCAGCCACAGCUUGCCAAAAAUGGCCCUACAGAUUGGAUUGAGCAUACCACUGCUACUGGAAGAAAUUGGACCUAUGUAGCCGACCCUAUCAAGUGGGAAAUGGCCUUGUGGACAAGUGGUUUUGCCUCUCUAAAAGUGUCUGUAUAUCUUGGAACAAGGGGUGAAAAUGACACACUGCCAGUAGAUUUCAAUUGCCAUGAUUGCAAUGUGAAAUCCUGCAAUGUCUGUGGUAGCUGCUGUAAGGCUUGGGAAUCAACAUCCAAUCAAGAAAUGACAUGUGCUCCACUAACUGGAAUAUUUACUGCUAAUCGUUACAUUGCCAAAAUUUCUGCUAGCUUGAGCCGUGUAGUCUCUUUGUACAUGCUGUGCUACUCUAUUGAGAGAAUGCUUCCAAUUGUCAUUUGUUUGGAACAACUGUAUUGUAAGAAGAUGGGUGUUGAUCUUAUUUCCCUUUUUGGUUGUAUUGCUAUGGCUCACACCUUAGAGCUUGGGUUUUCUGCUAUGGCAGCAAUCUGUGCAUUUGUUUAUGGACUUUUGUACUCCUUUCUAUACACAAUAUGCUCAUUGGGGAGGAGUGUGAUUGGCAAGAUGGACAUUGACAACAUUGCUGGUGAAAUGAACUCCUGUCCAUACAAAGUAUGCUCUGUUGGGAGGAUUGUACAUGGCAAGAUAGACUUGAUAAAGUUGCCAAGGGUGGAUGAAUCAACAAACUGGAAGGAGUAUAUUAGUCCCGAUGGACGAAAGUAUUUCUACAACAAGGUCACAAAGGAAUCCAAGUGGUUAAUUCCUGAGGAAUUAAAGUUGGCCCGUGAGCAAGUUGAAAAGGCAAUUGUCAGUGGACCGCAUUCUGAGGCAUUACUAAAUUCUCAUCCUCAACCCUCUCCGGUCCCUUCUGUGGCAGAAGCAACACUCAAUGCAGAUAAUUUAUCUUUAGCCAGUCAAAGAGAACCAUCAAGUCCUGUCUCAGUUGCUCCAGUUGUUACAACAUCCAUAAGUAAUCUACAAUCUGAGAUGCCUUCUGGACCAUCUACCUCUCCUUCUGCAACCCCUAUAAAUGGAACAAAAGUGGAUGAACUUGAGGCACCUGUAAAUACUGUCACACCAUCAGAUAGUAGCGUAGGAAGUGAUAAAGCUGUUGUUACUGAUAUUAGCACUGCUAUAACUCCAAUGAGAGAUGCUAGCAACGAUUCAGGUCAAGAUACCCUUGGUUCUGCAGAUGGAGUUCCUGCAGAAGAUAGAGAAGAUGGUAAAACUGAUUCAAUAGGGGACAAAAGUAAUCAUGUAGCUGCAGAAACCAAGACACUUGAGCCAGAAACCAUUGUUUUUGCAAAUAAGAUGGAGGCUAAAGAUGCUUUCAAAGCACUUUUGGAAUCUGUAAAUGUUGGAUCUGACUGGACAUGGGAUCGGGCAAUGCGUUUAAUAAUUAAUGAUAAAAGGUAUGGUGUCUUAAAAACACUUGGUGAGAGGAAGCAAGCUUUCAAUGAGUACUUAAAUCAGAGGAAAAAAUAUGAAGCAGAGGAAAAGCGUAUGAAACAGAAAAAAGCGCGGGAGGAUUUUAAAAAAAUGUUAGAAGAAUCCACAGACUUGACUUCAUCCACUAGAUGGAGCAAAGCCGUGUCUAUAUUUGAAAAUGAUGAACGUUUCAAGGCUGUCGAGCGUGACCGAGAUCGCAGGGAUAUGUUUGAAAGCUUCUUGGAGGAACUUCUGAACAAGACUGAUGACAAUGAUGACAGUGUGUUUGAUCGCUUGGGUCUCCCUUAUUCUUAUGAUCAUGAACGAGCAAGGGUACAGGAGGAACGGAAGCGAAAUGUAACAGAAUACAGAAGGUUUUUGGAAUCUUGUGACUUCAUAAAGGCUAAUACACAGUGGAGAAAGGUUCAAGAGCGCUUAGAAGCUGAUGAAAGAUGUUCUUGUCUUGAAAAAAUCGAUCGCUUGGAAAUAUUCCAAGAUUAUUUACAUGAUUUAGCAAAGGAAGAGGAAGAGCAAAAGAAGAUACAAAAGGAAGAAUUAAGGAAGACAGAACGGAAAAACCGUGAUGAAUUCCGCAAAUUGAUGGAAGAACAUAUUGCUUCAGGCAUUCUUUCAGCAAAAACACACUGGCGUGAUUAUUAUACAAAGGUGAAAGAUUUACAUGCCUACGUAGCAGUGGCAUCAAACACAUCGGGUUCAACUCCUAAAGACUUGUUUGAAGAUGUUGCUGAAGAGCUAGAAAAACAAUAUCAUGAAGAAAAAAGUAGAAUAAAAGAUGCAGUGAAAUUGGCAAAGAUCACAUUAUUGUCAACCUGGACGUUUGAAGACUUCAAAUCAGCUUUAUCAAAAGACAUUGGCCCUUCAUCAAUAUCUGAUUUCAACUUAAAGUUAGUGUUUGACGAGCUACUUGAACGGGUGAAGGAGAAGGAGGAGAAGGAAGCUAAGAAGCGUAAACGACUAACAGAUGAUUUCUUUCAUCUGCUAUAUUCUACCAAGGACAUUACUGUGUCUUCAAAGUGGGAGGAGGGUAGACCACUUGUUGAAGAAAGCCAAGAAUUCAGGUCUAUUGGAGAUGAAAGCCUUUGCAAGGAAGUAUUUGAGGAGUACAUUGCUCAGCUAAAAGAAGAGGCAAAGGAAAGUGAGCGGAAACGGAAGGAGGAAAGGCUACUAUUAAUUUUUCUACAGGUGAAGAAGGAAAAAGACAGGGAGGAAAGAGAGAGAAGGAAAGGGAAGCAAAGAAGGGAAAAAGAGGGAGGCGGGGAAAGAGGGAAAGAUGAGGCGCAUAAGAAGGAUAAAACAGACAGUGACAGUAUGGAGUUAACUGAAAUCCAAUCCUCCAAAGAAAAUAAAAGAUCUGAAGAUGAUAAUAGAAAACAAAGGAAGCAGCGGCACAGUCCCGAGCACGAAAUGGAUAAAGAGAAGACUAAGAAAUCUCAUGGUCAUGGUAGUGACCGCAAGAAGUCAAAACGCCGAGCAUCUGGCCAUGAAUCAGAUGAAGGACGGCACAAAAGACACAAGAGAGACCACCGCAGAGAAGGCGAGCAUGGAGAUCUUGAAGAUGGGGAAUUUGGUGAUGGUGUGGAUAGAUGGUAG